AUGGGUCUGAACUUGGAAGAUAUCUAUGGCCAAAAUAUAAUUGACGAACAGAAGCCCAACGAGUAUUCGAAGUACCAGCCAAAGCAAGGAUAUGGCUGGGCUAAUACUUUGCCCGAGAGGCAGGGACUUUAUGACCCUGAAUAUGAAAAGGAUGCUUGCGGAGUAGGCUUUACUGCCCAUAUUAAAGGCAAGCCCAGCCACAAGAUCGUCAGUGAUGCUCGCAAUCUCCUCUGUAAUAUGACGCAUCGAGGAGCUGUUGGCUCAGAUGCUCGGGAUGGUGAUGGUGCUGGUGUGAUGACGAGCAUUCCUCAUAAAUUCUUCAUUAAGAACUUUGCUCGUGAAGUCGGGGUUGAUCUUCCCCCUCUUGGCCAGUACGCGGUUGGCAACCUUUUCUUCAAGCCUGAUCAAGAGACACUCAAGGAUUCUACGACUACAUUUGAGGAACUUGCCACAUCCUUAGGGCUACGCGUGCUGGGGUGGCGUGAGGUUCCUCAUGAUUCUACCAUUCUGGGUCCUGCUGCUCUCUCUCGAGAGCCCGUUAUUAUGCAACCCUUUUUGGUACUGAACUCGGCCUAUGGCGACGGUAAUAAGCCCGAGAUCACAGAUCCAGAAUUAUUCGAUGAAAGAACAUUCGAGCGUCAACUGUACAUUCUUCGGAAACGUGCUACACAUGUUCUUGGUCUCGCCAACUGGUUCUAUCUGUGCUCUCUCAGCAACCGAAAUAUCGUUUACAAGGGUCAACUCGCCCCUGUCCAAGUAUAUCAGUACUACCAUGACUUGGUCAAUGUGGACUAUGAAGGCCAUUUUGCUCUUGUUCAUUCUCGUUUCUCUACCAACACAUUCCCCUCUUGGGAUCGUGCUCAACCUUUACGAUGGGCUGCCCACAACGGCGAGAUCAAUACUCUUCGAGGAAACAAGAACUGGAUGCGGGCUAGAGAAGGUGUGCUGAAAUCAGACAUUUUUGGCGAGGAACUUGACUCGCUGUACCCGGUAGUAGAGGACGGCGGCUCUGAUUCUGCCGCUUUUGAUAAUGUCCUGGAGUUGUUGAUGAUUAAUGGUGUUCUCUCCUUGCCAGAAGCAGUCAUGCUCAUGAUCCCCGAAGCAUGGCAGGGUAACCCGGCUGUGGAUCCUGCAAAGGCUGCUUUUUACGAGUGGGCUGCUUGUCAGAUGGAGCCUUGGGACGGGCCCGCCCUCUUCACGUUUUCUGAUGGUCGGUAUUGUGGCGCAAAUCUUGACCGUAAUGGUUUGCGUCCCUGCCGUUUCUAUGUCAUGGACGAUGAUCGUAUCAUUUGUGCGUCUGAGGUCGGUGCUGUCGAUAUUGACCCAGAGCGUGUGGUACAGAAGGGCCGCUUGCAACCUGGAAAGAUGCUACUGGUUGACACCGUGGCUGGCCGAAUCAUUGAUGACUCCGAGCUCAAAUAUACUGUCUCUCAUCGUCAAGACUUCGCCGCAUGGUUGGAAAAAGAGCUUUUGAAGCUGCCCACCAUCAAUGAGAAGUUGCUCCAACGCAAUGUCGAUCUUAGUUACACAAUUGAUGACACCACUGUCCAGAACGACCCCCGCCUCAAAGCUUUCGGAUACUCCUUUGAGCAGGUCAGCCUGCUGCUUGGUCCCAUGGCGGCCGACUCCAAGGAGGCAUUGGGCUCGAUGGGAAAUGAUGCUCCGUUAGCUUGCAUUGCCCAACAGCCACGUCUUCUAUACGAAUAUUUCCGCCAGCUUUUUGCGCAAGUUACAAAUCCACCCAUAGACCCUAUCCGAGAGGCUGUGGUUAUGUCUCUUGAGUGCUACGUCGGUCCCCAGGGUAAUCUUCUAGAGAUGGAUGCCUCGCAAUGCCGCCGCCUCCUCCUUCCUUCUCCCAUCUUGAGCAUCCCCGAGUUCAAUGCCCUGAAGAAUAUUGACAAGGCGCACAAUGAUUGGACCGUAAGGACUAUUGACAUUUCCUUCGAGAAGAAGAAGGGCGUUCCGGGAUAUCUAGAGGCACUUGAUGCCAUUUGUGACGCUGCUACCGUGGCAAUUCAGAAUGGGGACAAGGUUCUUGUACUUUCUGACCGUGCUACUUCGGCAGACAGAGUUUCAGUGUCUGCUCUUCUAGCUACUGGUCUCGUACAUCAUCAUUUGGUUCGUAACAAGUGGAGGUCUCUUGCAGCCCUGGUUGUCGAAACUGCUGAGGCUCGGGAAGUCCACCACAUGUGUGUUCUGGUUGGUUAUGGUGCCGACGCCAUCAAUCCAUACCUGGCUAUGGAGUGCAUUCUCAAGAUGAAUCGCGAGAAGUUGAUCCGCAAGCAACUGCCAGACGACAAAGUUAUCGAAAAUUAUAAAGCCUCGUGUGAUGGAGGUAUCCUAAAAGUCAUGAGCAAGAUGGGUAUUUCUACGCUGCAGUCGUACAAGGGCGCACAGAUCUUUGAGGCACUUGGUAUUGAUGAUACCGUCAUUGACCGAUGCUUCGCGGGGACCGCGAGCCGCAUCCGUGGUUUAACGUUCGAGCUGAUUGCUCAGGAUGCGUUUGCUUUACAUGAACGCGGUUACCCAUCACGUUCAGUUAUUGAAAUCCCUGGACUUCCUGAGUCUGGCGAAUAUCACUGGCGUGAUGGAGGCGAGGAGCAUGUGAACGACCCGGUCAGCAUCGCUAAUAUGCAAGAUGCAGUGCGUACAAAGAACGACAAAUCUUACGAAGCCUACGCCAAAGCGGAGCACGAGCAGAUCAAGAACUGUACUCUCCGUGGUAUGCUCGACUUUGAUUUUGAGCAGCGCACUCCUAUCCCCAUCGAUCAAGUUGAGUCUUGGACUGAAAUCGUCCGUCGAUUUGUGACAGGCGCAAUGUCCUAUGGAUCCAUUUCCAUGGAGUCUCACUCUACCUUAGCUAUUGCUAUGAACCGUCUUGGGGGCAAAUCCAACACUGGAGAAGGAGGUGAAGAUCCUGAGCGAAGCAAGAGAAUGGAGAAUGGGGAUACCAUGCGGUCUGCAAUCAAGCAAAUCGCUUCCGGCCGUUUCGGUGUGACAUCUCAUUAUCUAGCCGAUGCUGAUGAAUUGCAGAUCAAAAUGGCCCAAGGUGCUAAACCAGGCGAAGGUGGUGAGCUUCCUGGUCAUAAAGUCGUUGGUCCUAUUGCUCACACCCGUUAUUCCACUCCUGGCGUUGGUCUGAUAUCGCCACCCCCCCACCAUGAUAUAUAUUCAAUUGAAGACCUCAAGCAGCUCAUCUACGACCUCAAAUGUUCGAACCCUCGUGCACGUGUCUCUGUUAAGCUCGUAUCGGAAGUUGGUGUUGGUAUUGUUGCCUCUGGUGUUGCCAAAGCCAAAGCCGAUCAUAUUCUGAUCUCUGGUCAUGACGGCGGUACUGGUGCUUCUCGUUGGACUGGUAUCAAGUAUGCUGGCCUUCCUUGGGAACUGGGUCUUGCCGAGACUCACCAAACCCUUGUUCUCAAUGACCUCCGGGGUCGUGUAGUUGUGCAGACUGAUGGUCAACUCCGCACUGGCCGCGAUCUUGCUAUCGCUUGUCUCCUCGGAGCCGAAGAGUUUGGCUUUGCCACAACUCCCUUGAUCGCUAUGGGAUGCAUUAUGAUGAGGAAAUGCCACCUGAAUACUUGCCCUGUCGGCAUUGCUACUCAGGACCCUGAACUGAGGAAAAAGUUCUCAGGCACCCCGGAGCAUGUCAUCAACUUUUUCUACUAUGUUGCCAAUGAAAUGCGCGCUAUCAUGGCCAAAUUAGGUAUUCGUACCGUGAAUGAAAUGGUUGGGCGGGCUGAGCUACUCAAGACCAGAGAUGACAUCCGGACUGCUAAGCAGGAGAGGAUCGAUCUUUCUCUCAUUCUGACUCCUGCUCAUUCCUUGCGACCCGGAGUUGCUACAUACAAUGUCCGCAAACAGGACCAUCGUCUGCACACUCGUCUCGAUAAUAAGCUGAUUGCAGAGUCUGAACUUGCGCUUGAGAAGGGUCUUCCCUGUAGGAUUGAGUGUGAUAUAGUUAAUACUGAUCGUGCACUGGGCGCUACACUCUCUUACCAGGUCAGUCGCCGCUUUGGUGGCGAAGGUCUUCCACAGGAUACAAUCCACGCCAACAUCAAGGGCUCUGCUGGUCAGUCGUUUGGCGCUUACCUCGCUCCAGGUAUCACUCUUGAGCUUGAGGGUGAUGCCAACGACUAUAUCGGCAAGGGUCUAUCGGGAGGCCGUCUCAUAAUCUAUCCUCCCCGUGGUGCAGCCUUCAAAGCAGAGGAGAACAUCAUCGUUGGUAACACUUGCCUCUAUGGUGCUACCAGGGGUACUUGCUUCUUCCGUGGUGUGGCUGCUGAGCGUUUUGCUGUCCGUAACUCAGGUGCUACUGCGGUCGUUGAGGGCGUUGGUGACCACGGAUGUGAAUAUAUGACUGGAGGUCGUGUUCUCAUUCUUGGCUCAAUUGGCCGCAACUUUGCUGCUGGUAUGUCUGGUGGUAUUGCUUACGUCCUCGAUAUGGACCAGGACUUCCACUCAAAGGUAAACAUGGAAAUGGUGGAGGUCUCCGGUCUGGAAGAUCCCGCCGAAAUUGCCUUUGUCCGCGGUCUUAUCGAGGACCAUCACCACUACACUGGAUCGGAACUAGCUGCUCGCAUUCUACUGGACUUUACCCGUGCUCUUCCUCACUUUGUCAAGGUUCUACCUACCGAUUACAAGCGGGUGAUGGAGGAGGAAGCUGCCAAGGCUGAAGCUGCUAAGAGGGCUGAGUUUACUGUGCCCCAGCUUCCUAGCGCACCUUCCAACGUUGAGCAGCUCAGGGCGGGCGAGGCCAGGAAAGCUGAGAUGCUUGACAUUGAGGAUAGCGUGAGCGAUUCAAAGACCGAGAAGAAGCGGUCAGCACUCAUCCUUGACAAGACAAGGGGUUUCAUGAAGUAUAACAGGCGCAGUGAGAAAUAUCGGAACCCUGGUACUCGUACACGUGAUUGGGCCGAGCUUUCUAGUCGUCUAACUGAGGAUGAGCUCAAGUAUCAAUCUGCCCGUUGUAUGGACUGCGGUGUUCCCUUCUGCCAGUCUGACACUGGCUGCCCCAUCUCUAACAUCAUUCCUAAGUGGAACGAACUUGUUUUCCAAAACCAGUGGCAGGAUGCCCUUAACCGCUUGCUCAUGACCAACAACUUCCCCGAGUUCACUGGCCGUGUUUGCCCCGCCCCUUGUGAAGGUGCUUGCGUUCUUGGGAUCAAUGAAGACCCUGUUGGGAUCAAGUCUAUCGAAUGUGCCAUCAUUGACCGUGGUUUCGAGAUGGGCUGGAUGGUACCUCGUCCUCCUAAGAUCCGUACCGGUAAGACGGUUGCCGUCAUUGGCUCCGGCCCAGCUGGCCUCGCAGCUGCGGACCAGCUAAACCGCGCUGGACACGCCGUCACCGUAUACGAACGUGCUGAUCGUAUUGGCGGUCUUCUUAUGUAUGGUAUCCCCAACAUGAAACUCGACAAGAAGGUCGUGCAACGCCGCGUCGAUCUGAUGGCUGCCGAGGGCGUCAUAUUUGUGCCCAACACUGCUGUUGGCCCUGGUCAAGAAGUUUCUUUGGACUCCCUGCGUAGGACGAACGAUGCUGUUAUCAUUGCUACUGGUGCCACAGUGGCUCGGGAUCUCAAGGUUCCCGGCCGAGAGCUGGAAGGCGUACAUUUUGCCAUGCAAUUCUUACACCGCAAUACCAAGUCGCUCCUUGACUCUAAUCUUGCUGAUGGCGCAUAUAUCUCCGCCAAAAAUAAACACGUUGUUGUCAUUGGAGGUGGUGAUACUGGAAAUGAUUGCAUUGGUACCUCUGUCCGUCACGGUGCUAAGUCUGUUACCAACUUUGAGCUACUUCCCCAGCCGCCUCCAGAGCGUGCUCGCGACAACCCAUGGCCCCAAUGGCCGCGCAUCUACCGUGUUGAUUACGGCCACUCUGAAGUCAAGGCCCAUAUGGGCAAGGAUCCUCGUGAGUACUGUGUCAUGUCUACAGAGUUUGUCGAUGACGGCAACGGCCAUGUCAGGGGCAUCAACACUGUUCGUGUUGAGUGGACUAAGAGCGCUUCUGGAGGUUGGGAUAUGAAGACAGUUGAGGGCAGUGAACAGUUCUUCCCCGCAGACCUUGUCUUGCUGUCCAUGGGAUUCCUUGGGCCUGAAGACCGCCUUCUUGGCGAUGAGAUAGAAUGUGAUGCUCGCAAGAAUGUCAAGACACCCCCCGGUCAAUAUUCCUCUAAUGUCCCUGGUGUUUUUGCUGCUGGCGAUUGCCGUCGCGGACAAUCCCUCAUUGUUUGGGGUAUCAAUGAGGGCCGUCAGUGUGCCCGCGAAGUCGACACCCAUCUUAUGGACAUUAGCUCUCAGCUUCCUGUCACUGGCGGUAUUGUUCGUCGGCCGGCUAUUGAUGCGGUUCGGCAGUCCACCGAACAAGCUGUUUCCGCAUGA